UUAAAUGUCGUUCUUAUGAUGGUUUAUUUAUUUACGCUGAAAUAAGCUGACACUUUUCGUACAAUCAUCGAGUAGAACGAAUCGCAAAAGGAUGGUGUUGCAAUUAGCGUCACUGAUUUACUCAGUUAGGACUCCAAAAGUAUAUUUACUUGCAGUUCUGCUGUGGGCACAACUCUUUACGACGCUAGCCCAAAUUAAUUGUAUGCUACAGGAUUAUUACUUGCCCGCCAACCAACAAGUGGUCAAUAUAUCCUCGCCUAACUAUCCGAAUGCCUACAGACCUGGCACGAAUUGCAGAUUUCGCAUAAUAGCGCCUUAUGCGUAUGUAGUAGUGCUCAACUGCCUUUUUGAAGUGUAUCCCAACGCAUGCGGCACCAACUACUUCUACAUCUCACGCGAUGGUGACUUGGAUUUCCGUGAAGGCGAAACCUUCUGCUCUGACUCGAAUAUUAGGCGUACCUCAUAUUUUCGGCCUAUGACUGUGGGUUAUUACUCAGCCACACCGAACACCAAUCAGCAGGGUCGCUUUUUUUGCCAAGCUUAUGCCCAGCAGCAGCCCUGUAAUUGCGGCUGGACCACACAGACGCGCAUUACAAAUGGCCAAGAGGCGACCAAGCAUGAAUAUCCGUCGAUGGUUGCCUUGCGAGAUCUCAGCUCGACGCAACAGGUUUUCUGCGGUGGCAGCAUUGUGAGUAAUCGUCAUAUUAUGACAGCGGCGCACUGUAUGCGCGUACAAUCAGAUCCGCGGAGGAUUAUCGCCUAUGUGGGAGAUCACGACCUAAGCAGCACCACCGAUUCCAUGUUUGCCGUGCAACAUCGUAUACAGCAGAUUAUCAUGCAUCCUAAUUAUGCCUCCACUGCAGUUAGUGUCAUCAACGAUCUGGCCCUGCUCAUCACCAUUACGCGCAUUGAAUGGUCUCGUGGUGUUGGACCCAUUUGUCUGCCGCUACUACAAGCCUCUGAUUUAUUCACCUACCGCACCGUGGAUGUUACCGGCUGGGGUACCACCUCCUUUGCCGGCCCCAAAUCAAAUACGCUACAAAAAAUCGAACUGUUGACUGUCGAAAAUCGUGCCUGCGAAUCACAAUUCAAUACCACCAUCAUUCCCUCACAAAUUUGCACCUACGACUUUCGUGGUCUAGGACAAGACUCAUGCCAAUACGACUCUGGCGGUCCGGUUAUCCUCAGGCAACAGCAACAGCCGUCACAGCCAUCACGCAUGUAUGCGCUUGGAGUAAUCAGUUAUGGUGGGCCGUGUGGGGCACGUUAUGCGGUGGGCGUAAAUACACGAAUCACGACUUAUCUGCGUUGGAUCUGGAGAUAUGUGCAAAGUGCUGAAGGUGUGUGUGCACCUUAGGCAUCAAAAUAUACCAAUUGUUGUAUUGUAAGUACUUAAGACGGUAAGAAGAGAUUUUUUAUAAAUUGAACUAGUUUGGAAAAAAUGUAAAAUACAAGAAAAAUGUAGUCUUACUUCAUGUCAAGCGGUAAGAUGUGA